AUGGCAUCCUUCAUGCAGUCUCUGCCGGUCUGCUCGGCUUCUCGCAAGCAGUCAACCGCUGUUCCCUUCUAUCUGCACAAAGCUUCACAGUCCAGAGUCUCGCCAGGGACGCGUAGCUCCUUCUCCUCGCUAUGUUCUUCCGCUAGAUUGACCCCCUCUCAACUCACUUCUCGUCACUCCUCCCAAAUUAUCUCUCAGCCCCAGGUUGCCGCCCAGCAAUGUCGGACUUUCCUCGUUCAACUCAAGCGGCAAUCUCAAACACUCAAGGAAACCCCGGUAUCGCAACCGCCGCCCAACCUGCAACUCACAAACCUCCCUUAUUUCAUCCGUCGCACAGCCUCCAACCAACUUCCUGUAUAUCUUGUCACUAAGGCCGGCGGUACCAAGCAACAAACCAAGCUCCAGAAGACUGAAGGCGAUCUGGAUGCCCUGAGGAACGAUUUGGCGCAGUACCUGGGACUGGAGUCGGGUGACCCCCGCGCUCCCAAGAGCCCGGAUGUGACUAUUAACCGUCUUAACGGUCACAUCAUUGUCAAGGGCUGGCGCAAACCUGAGAUCCUGAAGUUCCUCCAGGAACGCAACUUCUAA